AAUGAUGAAAUUGGUGAUGGCCAACAAACAUAAAGAGAUGAUUGAGCAGGUUUAGAAUAAUGAAUAGAACUAGGGAAUCAAUUUUUUAUAUAAGAUUACAGAUGUAUUUCUUUUUUUUACAACCUAUCAAAUCAAGUUUUAUUUGAAAAAGAGACCAAGGGAUCAGACAGUUUUUUUUAGAUUGCUAGUGUAAAACUCUGUAAAUGAUAGGAUAGAGAAUUAUUCUUAAAGACUGUAAUAUGACAUUUUAUGUGUGGAUGCUAUAACAGCAUAAAUUUUUGUAAAUAUGGAGAGAAUUUAUAGGUUGCAGCCAAGAAAUCAUCUAAUAAGAGAGCUGUCAAGACACUAGUGGUGAGUCAAAAGAAGUAUCUUCUGAUUUGGGUGAAAAAAUGCACAAACAGAAGCGUAGAUAUGAAAGAUUGA